UUUUAUUGAACAGAUGAAAAAAAGCAGAAAAAGUGUCAUCAUCGUUACACAACCCGAGCACCGCCGUGUUUUUCUCGUCCGUGCAGUGUUCCGAUCCGGUCCGUUUGCCGUUUAAUUAUUAGCCCGGGAGCCCGAAUACCGUACGAUGACCGACGCUAGUCUGCCCGUCGUUGGAGGUCUGCGUCUGCGGCCUCUGACGAAGGAAAACAUCCUCUACUACUACUUCCCGUUAAAGGGAAUGGUCAGCUAUGCCGCUCUGUCGGUCAACGUUAUGAACCCUUCCAUUGCGAUCAGGUUGCUGCCCAAGCGUGAUGUUACCAACUUCCUCCUGAUCCACACCAUCUUCGGCACAACGCUGUUUCUGUUCAGCCGGCCGCACCUGAAAGGAGUCUCCACGAACAAGCGGUUGGCGUUCAGCGUUUGUGGAUCCGUGCUGUUCAGCUUCGGUUCCGUGCUGGUGUGGGCUGUUCUGCGGUCGGCUAUCCCACGCAAUCAGGGUCUAGCGACAGCACUAGGCCUUUCGUCGGGGGUACUGAUCGCCAAGCUGGCCUACGAUUACCUUGAGACCAACGAUAGCAAUUGUGCGGGAACGGUUGCAAAGAAAAACUGAAACAAAACAGCAAUCGUCCGGCCGGCCACCGGCCUCCCGGAUUGUCCUAAAACCCGCAAUUUGGCGAACACGUUCAGUAAGUUUCAAGGGACCGUCUACAAAAGGUGCGACUUUACACCAUGAAAUUUGUGGUGGGAGGAUGCUAGUUUUACCAUCGAAUGUCGUUAAAUACACCAACAUUUAUGCUUAUACG